UGAACAAAAGAUUCUACAUCUAACAAUAAACAAAUAUAUUUCUCUCUGACCUUACACAAAAAUGCAGUUGUGACAGAGAAGAAAUAUUACGGUACAAUAUCCGAAAUAUUUCAGCAGCUGAAAAAAUCCUUUUAGGCAUGGCGAAUUUUGCACAAAUAACAACACAUAUGAACAUUCAACAACAAUGAAAUAGUGUCUAAUUGUAACUUGUAGUCGUAUUAUUAUAAUUAUACAAUGUAAAGUCACUUAGAAAUCAAUAUAACCAAUAGAAUCAUUGCAAGAUGACAGUUGGACUAGCUUCCUUGAAGUUCGGACAUGGACACCUCUGAUGCUGGCCUGCACAACUUCAAAAAACGAACUCAGUGUCGUGACUCUCUGGGCAUGCAGUCCGGCGCCAUUCCUGAAUCAGCGAUCACAGCCAGCUCCUCUUUCGAUGACGACACCGUGGGACCGAAGUUUGCAAGGUUGGCAGUGAACAAACAGAGGGCCCAUGUUAGAUUAGAAGAAUUCAAUGAAAUUGUUGGCGACUCUUCAAAACAAAUAAACAGUUGCUUAAUAAAGAUACGUACCGAGACGAUGGGAGGUGCCUGGUGUCCCAAGCCAAUGAUCAGCCAGAACUCAUAUGAGUAUCUGCAGAUUGACCUCGGCAAACUCUCCGUGGUAACCAUGGUGGAGAUCCAGGGACGCUUUGGGAACGGUCAGGGUCAGGAGUACACAGAGCAGUUCCUGUUGGAGUAUCAAAGGGAGGACAUGGGCGAGUGGAUGAGAUUCAGGAACAAGCAGGGGACAGAGUUGUUCAAGGGCAAUGAGAACACGUACCUGACAGAGAUGAGGGAGGUAACUCCGCCAAUCAUAGGCCGCCGUGUCAGGUUCAUCCCGUAUAGCAAGACUCUCCGUACCGUGUGCAUGAGGGUUGAGAUAUAUGGCUGCAAGUGGGAAGAUGGUGUGGUGUCGUACAGCGUGCGUCAGGGAGACCGGCGUGGGUCGGAGCUGGACUUUGUGGACUUCACGUAUGACGGCAUGAUCCAGGAGAACUUCCUGUUGGAGGGGCUAGGUCAGCUGACAGAUGGGGAGAUAGGGGACUACAACUUCAGGCUCGACAACGAAGAACUGCGCAUCAAGGGAUACGAGUGGGUGGGCUGGCGUAAUGACACACAAGACUUCCAGGGCCCUCUGAUCAUCACGUUCAAAUUUGACCAAGUACGCAACUUCAGCAAAGUCUUCAUCAACUGCAACAACCUCUUUUCAAAGGACGUUCGUGUUUUCAAGAUGGCACUGGUGUACUUCAGUGUGGGCGGCAAUCUCUACCAGAACUCGCCGGUCAAGUACGACUUUAUUCAGGACGACGUGGUAGAGUAUUCGAGACCCGUUAUGAUCAAACUGAACAACAACGUAGGCCAGUACGUCCGUCUGCAACUGUACUUUGAUGCCAAGUGGAUCAUGAUCAGUGAGGUGCAAUUCAUAUCAGAGCCUGCAACAGGUAACUUCACAGAGGAGGUUCCCCCCGCGACCUUGAAACCCUCGCUGGUACCUCCCAAACCUGAGGACAAGUACUAUGAACAUGAGCUGAACAUUGGCAAGGAUGGCAAGGGUAUGCAUGCAGGCAACUUAGAGCCAGAGAAAGCUACCAAACAGCAGACACCAGGAAGUGACAUCAUCGGUAUCAUCAUCGGUUCCCUGGCGGGGCUCAUCGCCAUUCUCAUGGCCAUUGUGAUCUUCAUAGUGUGCCGACACCGGCGUAAAAAGAACAACAACAACCGUCGCAUGAAGACAGCCAUUGCAGAUACAAAUAACCAGAUGGCGGUCAACAUGUCUGACCUGCAGGGGACACAUAACAACGGCAAGGUGCUUAACGGACACAUGUACAACGGGGUCCCUCUUACGGAGCUUGAGUCUGACAGGGAAUGCUGCACUCAGCGCCAAAAGAACAUUGGUUAUCGCCAACCAAAGGACUCGGUUAUCGUAAAUAGGGGCAGCUUGGCCCCUAAUUUGACUGACCUUCCAGAAUUACCUUCACCAGGUAUUAGACUGGUUCUGCUUGGUGCAUGGGAGUUCAAUACUAAUCUGACUGACCUCCCAGAAUUACCUUCACCAGCAGAAAGCCAGGAUUACGCUGUCCCCGAUGUCACCAAGUCAGCCCUGAUGACCUUUCCACAGGCGCCCAAGAAGAACAACCUAGACAAGCCUCCCCCACAGUAUGACGCACUCUACGCUGCAGCCGACAUUGUCAGCACCCAGGUCCCCAAUAUACCUUCACUACAGGGUGUGAGUGGCAACAAUGUGUAUGCUGUUCCCAAUGCAGAGCUGCUUCUCAGCAUUGAUGUUUCUGUCAACGAAUUCCCACGCGAGAACCUACGCUUCAUCGAGGUGUUGGGACAGGGGCAGUUUGGAGAGGUUCACCUGUGUGAUGCAGUCAACAUGAGUCACGUUGUUGAGGAGGACUUCAUAAUGAACCGCACACUGUCCAGACCGUGCCUGGUAACAGUGAAAAUACUCAGAACCAACGCAGAGGACAGAGCAAGAAAGGACUUUCUGAAGGAGAUCAAGAUCAUGUCCCAGCUACGGGACCCCAAUAUCGUUCGUGUUCUGGGCGUGUGUACGGAGGAGGAGCCAUUGUGUAUGAUAGUGGAGUACAUGAAGUAUGGAGACCUCAACCAGUUUCUGCUGGACCACGUGCUGGAGACACCUUCCGCACAGGCUAUCAACGCUAAAAUACUCAGCUACGGGUGCCUGAUCUACAUGGCGUCCCAAAUUGCCUCUGGCAUGAAAUACCUCGAGUCUCUCAACAUGGUGCAUCGUGACCUCGCUGUACGCAACUGCCUUGUUGGCACGAACUUCACAAUCAAGAUUUCUGAUUUUGGGAUGAGUCGGAGUUUGUACAGUGCUGACUAUUACAAGAUAGAGGGACGAGCUGUGCUUCCAAUACGAUGGAUGGCCUGGGAGUCAAUACUACUGGGCAAGUUUACGACACAGUCCGACGUCUGGUCCUUUGGAGUUACGCUAUGGGAAAUAUUGACUUUUGCCCGUGAUCAGCCAUAUGAUAAUCUAAGUGAUCAUCAAGUUAUCACGAACGCAGGACAUUUCUACAGAAACGAUGGACAGCAGAUGCUUCUACCACAGCCCAUUGUGUGUCCCCGUGAGAUUUACGACAUGAUGGUCGAAUGUUGGAACCGCUCUGACUGUGAGCGACCCACAUUCAAAGACAUUCACAUGUUCUUGUUACGAAAAAACAUGGGCUACAAUCCAAAAGAUGAAAAGUUGAACCAAUUAAAAGUUCCAGUGUGUUAGUUACUGUGACUUCCUGUAGAUAUCAAAAUUGAACUGUGACAACUAAGCUUUUGUCUCAUUCAGUUCUCUGCCAAGAAUUGGAAGCAAGAUUAAGUGCUGUGAGAAGAGCAUAUAGCAGAGUUGUUACUAUAUAGCAGAGCACUCUCCUUUUGUUAACAAUAUUGUCAACAUUAAAAACAGAGGAGAUCCAAAUUAGUAAACACUAUUGUCAACGGUAAAUAGAGAGUGGUAUCCAAAUGAAUAGACAAUUUUGUCAAUGGUUAAUGCAGAGGAGCUCCAAAUGAGGGUGCUUGAGGCUUGGAUAUGGUAUUUUAGCAUAUCAUAUUAUUUGAAAGAAAGCUUGAAGCCUUUAAUUCUACUGUUGGUGUCCAAUUGUGCUAUUUACUAAAAAACAUCACAGUCAACGACUUGACUAAAUAAUAACUUAUAUUAUAACUUUCUUAUUUUGUGCUAACGUUUAUAUUGUUAUAUGUCUGGUGUAUAUAUAUAUAUUUCAAAGUUUUUUAAAACACUGCAGUGUUGGCAAUAAACUGUAAAAUGUCUGUGUUGUACUAAUUUGGAAUAAAAGCAUCUAUACUUGAAGAUCAUAUUAAAGUGCCGCCCAUUAAUCUGAAUUAAAAACAAUACCAUACAAUGAAAACUAUUAUUUAAAAAUGCCGAGUUUAUAAGUAUUAAUUGGUUAUAUUUAUAUGUAUGAAUAAGUGCAUGCAGGUCUAACAAUAUGGUCAAUGUAGAUAAUUAAAUAUUAUAAAGGAUUUCAACAGAAGUAGCAUAUCAUCUUGCACCAAAAGUAUGCAAGUGCAAUGUGUUCCUUAUAGUGUACAGUCUGACUUUGUUACCUCAAAAUGGUUUCACUAUUGUUUCGUUUAGGAAUAAUCAUUAAUUACAAUAUGUAAAAUAAUGAAUUGAGAAAAAAUAAUUUACUGGUAGAUGCUUUUCAUUUAUAUAUAUAUACACAACAUUUUAAUGGCAAGUUCAGAAUAUCUUCUAGCUGUUUUCAGAUGCUAAAAUGUUAACAAAAAUGUUGAUAGUCAUGAGUGUAUCAAAACCAAAAUCUCACAUAGACAAAAUAUAUAAUCACUUUUGUUUAUUGAAGUUGGUACGAUUUUGAAGUUGUAAUGUUAACUGCCCUAAAUGAUUAAAUACCACAUUUUGGGGUAGCAAAGUGCAACUGUAUAUGCAAGAAUAGUAUGUGUGUGAUAAAUUAUGCUCAGAAUAUUUUAAAAUCUGAUACAGCUUGUUUGUAUUUGACAAUGUCUUUCAAUAUCUACUCUUUGUAUGCUUUAUAAUACCAUUGAACAUUAUGCCUUCAUUCUUCAUUACCGGUUUUUAGUGCCAUAUUUGUGUUGUUGUUAAUUUUAUUUAUGCGCAUAAUUAUUCUGAUGUUGUUUACAUGUUUACCUUUUAAAAGACUGUAUGCUUGCUUGUUGAUAUUAUUGUUCAUUACUGAACAGUGUAAAAUAUAUUAAAUCAGUCAUUCCCCAUUGCCUUCUCUUGGAACUAGAAUGUUCAGUUUUCAUGAUAGACUUAGUGCAACUCCAUCAGUCUUAUGUAAUCAUUUGAGCCAAAAUAUGCUCCGUGCACAGGCUGAUCAGGGACAACACGUUCCGCCUAAACUAGAUUUUUGCUAAGAAGAUAUUUUAUUUAAACAGAAAAUACCAUAAAAGUGGAAAGUGUCGUCCUUGAUUAGCCGACUGCACAGGCUAAUCUGGGACGACACUAAAUGCACAUGCAUUAAACCCGCUUUUCACAGAGCACGGCUCCUCUGUUUAUGCAUUUCCUUCUGGUCAUGAAAUCCAUUCCAGGCUUACAAGUCAUGAGUAGAGCUGUAAGUUCUGCUGGUGAUUUAAUUGUUACCUGAUGAAGAUGUAGCCAGAGUUUGGUUACUCUGUUGACAUAUGAACCAUGAAAUAUCAAUUUUAUUUCAUGUACUGAUAGUGGGAUCUGAUAAUAUACGAAAAAAGCUUAAAGAAUAUUUAAACUAUUAAUUCAAGGAUAUAUUUGAAAGAACAUGUACUAAUUUUAUAUCACUAUGUUUGAAUGUUAUCAUCAAAUGGUUACUUAAAAGAUAAUUUUAACAUCAUACUAGGUAUUAAUCCAGAGGGAGAUAUAUUUUUUUUCUGCUAUUGCCUCAUCAGUUAUCUCACUUAAAACGAGUGCAAUUAUGUUUAAAAUUUUAUCCCAUUUUCACCGCGACAUUGACGGUAUAACACGUUGUGAAAUAUACUUGCUUGUAUUCAACACUGUGGAAUAUACCUGUCGCGUGCACGGACUACUUUUUAAAUGACGUCAUGCGAUAUGCGCUAAAACUAGGUCGAUAUUGUUUGGUUCAUUGAUCGAAUUUUAAGGUCACCCAUUAGAAGAAAAUGUGCAUAUUUUGCAGAAAAAUAUAUAUAUGACAUAUUCACCAAAAGAAAUGUUGACAUAAAAUAUAAAAUUACACGAUUUUUGUUUUGUUAUUUUUUUAUUUAUAUUUACUUUACCACUGAAUGAUUUUUCAUAAGAAACAAAGUCGAAAAAACUUAAGCUUCAAAAUUAUUCGACCUUCAACCUUUAAAUCUAGUCAUAUGACAAAAUUUUUCGCCAUCCGUAUAAUGAAUCAGCUGAUUGAUGGCGUCAUAAAAUGACAUACUUAUUGCGUCAUUUUCCCCAUUUGUUUUGACGAUUUAUUAUAAACGCGACUUAUUUCACAUGUUUUCUACAUGUACUGUAUGUCGACAUAUCUGAAUUGUCAAUUGAUCACUUUUUCCUUAUUUCGUGUAAUGUGCAUUGUUUAUAACCAAAGCAUAUACUUUUGACAUUUAACUUAAAUAUUAAGAAUGUACAACAAGCCAUACACAUAUCGCACAGUUCAUGAAUAAUCUGCUAUGUUUGCUUUCCUAUUUAAUUCACGUUAGGCAUAGAGCUGUGUAAAGUAUAAGAUGGUAAAAAUAGCACCACACUGGAAUUGGGAACGUCCCAUUAUUAGAUAAACUGCUCCGGUUCAUUUGAACAGCAGAAAUGUAGAGUACAUGACGUAGCGUGUGACGAAGAAGAAAGUUUAUCGCGUUCAUAAACUCAUUUGAAUACAGUGAUAGAAUGGCAUAAGGGUCUUUAUUUAACUAUGCUUAAAUAAUUAUUAAAGACCCUAGAUGCAAAAUCGUCAAUUAUUGAGUUAAAUGGAUUAUUAGAUGGAUUUUAAAGGAUAAUUAAAGGUAAGAUACUAGUUCUUACGUGUUUUGAUUUUUGUUUGUACUUUUGUCGUUCCCUGUUCUCGGGGAAAUGAUUUUAACAUGGGCGCAAUUGAUGCAUCGGAUCACACACGGCAUACCCUUAACAUUAUAUAAAAACACGUUUUGCGCGUCCUUAAACUCGUUGUCCGAUGUCGGAAAACGUAUUGCCCUGUAUAUUUUGUCAAAUAAAGUGUCAGUCGCUGCAAUUGUCUGUUUACUCGUCAAAAUUGUCAAGGUCUUCGAUAGCUAAAGAAACUUCAGCGUACAGUUUAUUUAGUAUUGACAGACCUGUACAAAGUCGCGCCAGUCAAAAAUCAUAAAAAGCGACAUUUUAAGUUAUGGUAGCCAGAACUAGGUCGUCGAUGGUGUACAUGUAUGUUGACAUCGACAGAAUUUUGUCAGGAGCAAUCGCCGCCAUAUUGGAUUUUGAUCAUUUUCUUUCGAAAAUAAAAUAAAUUAUAGUAAAGUAAAAUCUUCUUUUCGCGGUCGUAAUGUGUUAAAAUUCGCAUACUGCGUAAAAUUGAAUAUAGGCAUAUGGUGAUAUUUUUACUUGUUUUACAGUUUGUGUGUGAAUUUUUUAAAGACUAUUUUGCGUACCAGAACAAAUACAUGUAUAUCACUACGCAUGGUUACAUUUGUUAGAUUUUAAUUAAAACGCUUUUAUGACUGAAUUAAAAUUAUUGUUAAGGUUAUUAGAUCUAUUUAUGUUAAAUGUCACGUUGAAAAAAUCAAAUGGGAUAAAUAGAAUACUAGGAUUAGCGUUGAAUACAGAGAAGUUUAUGUUGCUCGGCUCGAACACCGAAAGCGCUCGCCAUGGCUCGCGCUUCCGGCGUUCUAAGCCUCGCAAUAUAAACUUCUCUGUAUUCAACGCUAACCUAGUAUUCUCUAUGUAUCAUCCCAUUAUCAUCAAUGUUGUGAUUGUCAUGAUCCAUGUUGUAGUUUUUAUUGUGCAAAUUGGGAAGAAUUACUACUUUCCAAGAUGUUGUUUUUUAUACUGAAUUUGCAAAGAAUCCAAUAGCCUUACUCCAUUAAUGUUGAUGUGAGUUUAGUCUAUUGCAAGCGCCUUAAUCACCUAAUUACCUCCCUUAGAAACUUGUUUACAUCUGCUUUGAAUCAACAAUAUGUGAGAUUUUGGAUGUAUUUGCUUUGGCUCUAAAACAAAAUAAUUAUUUAUGUGAAUGCAUGACUUAAAAAGAAAGUAUUCCCCUUAAGUUUUCUAAGUUAACCGUAAAUUUUGUAUUUCUGAAAAAUAUAGAAAUUCAUUAUUUGGAAAUUAUUUUUAUUAAGUUAUGCUAUAAUUGAUGUGCAUAGUGUUAGCAGCAAACAGAUUAAAGUAUCCCAAGCUAUUGGGUAAAGGUGAUAGCUUUAAAUAUAAAAUCAGACAUACUCUCAGGAGUUCCACAAGCAAACUGCAUUUAAAAGAAAAAUACUUUUAACUGCUGCAAAUUAAUGUAAUGUUCUCUGCGAUAUUAAGAUAAAUAUGCAGACUUAUUUAUAUAUGACUUACAUUUGUCAAUUCUUCUGUUUUAUUAUGAAUUAAAUUUAAAAGGCAUAGACGUUUGCUUCAUACAUGCAGUGAUUGUAUGUUCUCAUUACUCACAAGCUAGCCUUUCUGAGUUUAAGCAAUGGUUGAACACAUCCGAUGCGUCAUAAUUGAUAUUUUUGGUCAGCUUAUUUUCAUCAAAGAACUGUUUAACAGGUUUUGUGGUAAUUUUCCUGCGUAUUCUUCAGUAAAAAUAAAUAUUAUGAAAAAAGUGAAAACUAGGAAAUAAAAGCCAUAAAUAUCACUGAUUCCACAUUGCAGCUUCUUUCUUUAUAUUGUUUGUGCGUAAUAGUCCAUUCCAUUCAUAUUUAAACCGUCACAUAUAAAGAUGUAAAUAUUGUAUAUACUAUGUUGUACAGAUAUGCGCAUUGCUCUUGGAAAAUGAGGCUUAAUGCAUGUGCGUAAAGUGUCGUCCCAGAUAAGCUUAUGCAGCCUGCACAUGCUAAUCAGGGAUGACACUUUCCACCUAACCUGAUUUGUUUGCGUAGAAGAGACUUCCAAUAAAGAAAAAUACAAUUGGCUUGGAAAGUGUCAUCCCUGAUAUCCCAGUGGUGUCUGCACAGGCAAAUCUGUGAUGACAGGCACAUGAUCUAAGCCUGCUAUUCCCAGAGCACGGCUAAUAUUAUUUAUGUGGAUAUAUUCAUAGUUAUCUAUAUGAACAAGUCAUAUGCUUCUUUCUAAAAUGUUGGUGCUUAAUACUCGUAAAACGAAAAGUUGUAAAAUUAUUUAAUAAAACAAUCCAAAUAUGUGAUUGGUGUUUUUGACCUUAAUAUUGCUUAUACAUAAACCUGCAAGCUUAUAUGUGGUUAGUUUUGAAUUUGUUAAUUAUGAGCCAUUACGAGUACCAAAACAUGAGUUGAUCAUUAAACAGUUGUAUUGUCAAACUGCAUUAUUUAUGCUAAACUUUCGAAAAAUUGUUUUGAUUGGUUUUGUAUGUAGCUUCUGUAUAAAUGAAGAAGUUUCAAAUUCAGGCAUAUAUACACAGGAUUUUCAGGAUACAUGUUUAAUGAAACAUUGUUUGUUUAUUAUAUAAUGUGUGUUUAAUCAGAAAUGUUGAAAGAUAGGAUAAAAUAUUCUGAUAACAUAUGUCAAACAAAAAUAGCAUUUUAGGUUUGCAUUUAGAAAAAAAAUUCCGAAGUUUGAAUCAAGAUUUUGAUUCAGAUUCGAAGAAAAUAUAUGUUCAUUUAAUCGGUUGUUAUUUAAAAUUAAUAUAAAUACAUUUUUAUUGUUUGUAUUACUAAUAAAAUAUCCUCUACUUUUAUACGCUUGCAUUUGUCUGUAAAAUAGUUUCUUUGGACAAACUAAUCAAACUGUUCAUAAAACUAUUAUAUCUAGUCAGAUUUAGGGUUUGUGUUGUAUUUUUGUUUUCCAAUUGUCCAUUAAUAUUUCCUUAGGCUAACCCUAUUGUGGUUGUGGCACAUUGAUGUGACUUAAGUCUUAUUGUCCCCUACCGGUGAAACCGUAGGGGACUUAUGGUUUGCGCUCUGUCUGUCUGUCUGUCUGUCUGUCUGUCAGUCCGUCACACUUUUCUGGAUUCUGCGACAACUUUGAAAGUUCUUCAUAUUUUUUCAUGAAACUUGUAACAUGGACAGAUGGCAAUAUGGAGAUAAUGCAAUUCAUUUUGUUCCUACGUCAAGAAUUCUGGUUGCUAUGGCAACAAAUAAAAAAAAUAAUUUUUUUACUGACAAUGGUGGUGUUUCACCGGUAGGGGACCGUAUUGCUUGGCAAUCUCUUGUUAUUCUUCAACUAUAUUUAAGCCAUAUUAUUGUUAUUUCAGACUUUGUGUACAAGACAUUUACUUCGUUACUGGUAUAUGAUCUUAGAGGUGUUAGCCCUCUAACAAAAUUAAAUAACAAUGUUGAAACAUGUG